AUAUAUAGAGCUAGGGCAGGGCUCGUGUUACGUACAGUCUUAGUAGUGCUACGAGGAACGCAUCUCGCCCGGAGCGUGCGGUCGUUCGAAAUUAAACCAAAGGUGCUCGAAGGGUUUUUCGUAUCCAGUUCCCGUCGAAACUCAGACCGCGACCACAGAAGAGACAAAAGGUUCGAAGGUCCAUUGACGACAAGAUGGAGCAUUUUUCACGGUACAUCGUAUUCGCCCUACUGAUCGCGAUAACGUCGGCAAGGUCGGCCGAAUUGAACGGCAACUCUAUCGAGGACUCGGGGCGAUCGUCGAACGGUGUAUUCGGUGAUCUUCGUUACGUCUAUUCCAUCUACAAGGAGUGCUCGGCGGCGGAUCUCAGCUCGUGUCUGAAACUGAAACUAAUCGGGGCCAUGGACAGGGUAUCGAGGAGCCUGGAUCUAACCUUGACCGAGGGGGUUACUCUCACCAAGGAUAGCGGAGCGGCGGCCGAGGAGCCGAGCCCGAGAACCGAGCAGGAAAUAGAGGCGAGUCUACCGAGGGCCCUCGAGGACAAGGAGGACGCUCUCAACUCCAUGAUAUUCGACAAAGUUGUCGGUUUCUUCAGGAGCCACACCCUGAAACUGAAACUGCCGAACGUCGACGAGCUACAGAGGAGCCUCACCGAAGAGGGACGUAAGAAGAAGAAGAUGGGAGGACUCUUGGCGAUCCCGCUGUUGAUCGGUGGUACGUUGGUACCGUUGGCCCUGGGAGCUUUGGCACUUUUGGCGGGAAAAGCUUUGAUCGUGAGCAAACUGGCGUUGGUAUUGGCGUCGAUAAUCGGUUUGAAGAAGCUGGUGUCCGGAGGCGGCGAUCACGGCGGUCACGAAGUCGUCCAAGUCGGCGGAGGACACGGAUCCAGCGGUUGGGCGAGAUCGAGCCACGACGUCGUUUAUUCCGCGUACAAACCGCACAACGCCUAAUUAAUUUCUUGGAUUCGAUUUUUCAUCCUCUGAGACGAGGACGAAGGAGAACACGGCGUAGAAAGGAGGGGACAUCCUCUUCGACCGUCGGCCGAUAGAGCCGAGAAGGAAAAUCGCUGAAACGCGCGGCGUUUUUUUAUUUAUUUUAUUUUUUUUUGCAAAAAGCUCCGAAGCUUACUGCGAGAGACUAUUUCUAACCCAAACGAUUAUAAGACUUUCACCCUUGUUUAACGUAAACGAAAAGGACCUUAUUACCUUCACUCCUUAUUAUCUCAUAUACUUAUACUUUCUUAUUCGAAGUAAUUUGUCCAUCCAUUCCUCAUCAACGUCGUAUAUAUCUAUAUAUAUAUAUAUUAUAAAUAAUAUUCCCUCAUCACAUUACCAUCCCACGUCUAGAAUCUCGACGGAAGACUCCGUACGCCGGGUUCGGGUGAACUCUACUUUUUUUCCCUUCGAAUUUACGAUCAUUUUUCUUUUUUUUUCGACUUUUUGUUGUUCGAAAUUUCAUUUCAUUAUCUCCGAGCACUGUGAUUUAAUAUUUAACUUUCACGAGUCUCUUUCGAUAGCUGUCAAGCAUAUUCCUACACACAUCGUCCGCACAACGUCAUUCCGCUAUAAUAUUUUCAUCGCGUAUACCCGUCGUCGAUCGCCCGUCCUCAGUAUUUUUAUAGUAAAUACGAGUAAUUAAUUUAUAAUUCUUAUUUAUAGCUUGAUUGCACGUGUAUUUAUAUUUAUAUCUAGAUUAUACAUACGUAUAAAAUACAUAGAUUAUAAUUUAAUAAAUCGAACAUUUUUAUAAGA